CAGCACUUCUGUAGUGAUCAGUCAGUGUCAGGUAGAGCUGAGAGGGACAACACUUCUGUAGUGGUCAGUCAGUGUCAGGUAGAGCUGAGAGGGACAGCACUUCUGUAGUGGUCAGUCAGUGUCAGGUAGAGCUGAGAGGGACAGCACUUCUGUAGUGGUCAGUCAGUGUCAGGUAGAGCUGAGAGGGACAGCACUUCUGUAGUGGUCAGUCAGUGUCAGGUAGAGCUGAGAGGGACAGCACUUCUGUAGUGGGCAGUCAGUGUCAGGUAGAGCUGAGAGGGACGGCACUUCUGUAGUGGUCAGUCAGUGUCAGGUAGAGCUGAGAGGGACAGCACUUCUGCAGUGGUUAGUGAGUGAGCCAAGAUGAAGCUAAAGAAAGGAGCUCUUUUAAAUUAUCUGGACUUUGACAGUGUCUACUGUCUUCUCUCCCUGCGCAACGGCAAAAUACUGUCUGAUUACUUCAAACUACUGGAUGUCCACAACAGGAACACUCUAAAUGACAUCCAGUUCUACCACUUCAUGCACCAUGUGACUGACCUAAAGAAGAAGGAGAUCAUGAUGACCUUUGACAUGUUAGACUGGAACGCCAGCGGAGAGAUCGGCUUUGAACAGUUCUACAUGCUGGUCUGCAUCCUGCUCUGCAGCGAGUACCACGUCGAGAAGAACUUUAUCUUCCGUCACUCCAGGCCGGUGUUUGAGUUGCUGGACAUGGACGGAGGUCGCACCAUCAGCCCCGCCGAGUUCCAGGCCUCUGGCUUCCUGUUCAACCUCAAGGGACACGCCCUCGAUAAGAUUUUAUACGAGUUCGACGUCUCCGGAGACGAGCACCUGAACUACAAGGAGUUUAAGAUGUUCACUAUGGCCUGUAUCGACAUGCAGGAGGAGACCAAGAAGAUGCAGAAGUUACAGGUAAGGAGAACCAACACCCCCAGACAGGAAAGAGGUGCGACCAACGCAGGGGUAACAAACACACCUCCCGACUCACACAGCGGAUGCAGCAGCCACACUGACUGAGAGAUAUGGAGAGAGGGAGAGAGGGAGAGAGGGAGAAAGAGGAGAAUAGAGGAGGAGUGAAGUUGUUUA